AUGCCAAUCAACCGCGACAGGCUUGAGCAGCGCAGCAAGCUGGCGGCCCACAGGCCGGAGUUUAAGCGUCCCGAGAGCUGGAGAUACAAGCGUCUGGACACCACCUGGAGAAAACCCAAGGGAAUAGACAACCACAUCAGAAAGCAGCUGAGUCGCGGCCGCCCGGGUGUUGUCAAGGUGGGCUUUGGCGGACCCAAGGCCGCAAGGGGCCUGCACCCGUCAGGCUACACCGAUAACCUAGUCUUCAACCCGGACGGCCUAAACGGCCUGAACCCAAAGGUCGACGGGAUACGGAUAGGCCACACCGUGGGGACCAAAAAGAGAAGGGAGAUAGUCCGGGCGGCCAUAGAAGGAAAGUUCAAGGUAUUCAAUGCCAGGGUGAGCAAGGUUGGUAGUUAA